GCGAGACGGGUCUCUUGUGUCUUGUAAAAAAGUAUAAUUAGUGCUAUUUUGUCCAUUAUGCGCUCGAGAUUGGUCGAGCUUUUCGUCGUGACGAUGCUGUUUGUCGUGCAAUUCGCUGCUUUAGCGGAAUGCCAGCAAAAGUCGGCUGGAGUGACGAGGAGUUAUUUCUCCAAUCAGCCUUGGAAUCAAGGAUCCGGAUAUUCGUAUAAUAAACCUAACUGGGGUCAAGGAGGCUAUGGUUAUUCGAACAACAACAAACCACAAUGGGGUCAAGGAGGCUGGGGUUAUUCGAACAACAAUAAACCUAACUGGGGUCAAGGAGGCUGGGGUUAUUCGAACAACAACAACAACUACAAACCUCAAUGGGGUCAAGGAGGAUAUGGUUAUUCUAACAACAAUAAACCUAACUGGGGUCAAGGAGGCUGGGGUUAUUCGAACAACAACAACAACAAACCCCAAUGGGGUCAAGGAGGCUGGGGUUAUUCGAACGGCUGGGACGGUGGUUAUCAAGGUUCUAAUAACUGGGGACAGGGGUACAAUCCUUCGGGGUGGAAUAAUAAUUACAACAAUUGGCCUGGAAAUGUGUGGGAUUUCGUAAAGAAAGGUCAACAAUUUUUGGAUAAUUUACCGAAAAAAGCUCAAUAAUGAUAUCACUAAAUAUGUUCAAAAUCACUGCCGAAACACUGCCUUGUUCAGUUCGCGCUCAAAAUAUAUUAAUUCACAAAAUAUAUAUUAAUUUUUUGUAAUUUUUUAUAAUAAAUAUAUCGUUUAAUCAAUCAGCGUUUAUGAUUUUUUUGACCAUUGCAAACGACACGAAAAUACUCUAUGAUUAUUAAUCAAUUUCAUUGUUUUUAGGGAAAUCACGCUAGAAAAAGCAUGCAACUAUCAAUGGGCGACGACCUGAUGAGCACAAUAUUAGAUUUCGUCAUGGACGCGAUGGGAUUCUUCACCGAUAUAUCGGAUUUCAUCGGCGGCAUUUUCGGCUAACACAAACCCG